CUUUAUCACGCAUUCGUCUUUUGAAAUCCCCAUUCGACGGAUGGUAAAAAUUUGACGGAUGGUCAAGAUUUAGCUGAACGGAUUCGCGUCGGAGUAAUUGAGCCACCUUUUUGCUUUUUGAGGCGGCCAAACGAAGAAGUGUCGAAUUGAUUUUGUGCUAUUUGCGUGAAAAGCAUCGCUCCGUCGGGCCUGUGUGUGUGUAUGGUAAAACAUAAAUAAAGUGCAAUUACGGCGAAACAAAAAUGUGCAAUUUGAAUGCCAAGUAACUUGAGGAAUCUCUUUUCUAUUUUGUGUGUUUACAAAUAAAUUCCCCCAAAUUAAUGUGCGAAAGAAUCUCACUGAACAAUAAAAUUGAAUGAAAAGUCGCAGUGAAAAUCGAAAGCAAGGAGGAAACGCAAGGAAAGCAAGUUGAAGGAUAUGCCUCAAAGCUGAUCGAUUGACCGAGUGAACGAUUGCGCCGCCAGUUGGUUAAAUGCUAACAUAAUACAUAAUGUCGGCGAAGCACAUCGAGCAGUAUACGAAUCCCUCCUUCGAGCAGGAGUCCGACCCGCCGCCUCCCCCAGGGGGCGUGGCAGAUGUGGGAACGAGUAACACCACGAACAGCAGCAGCAGCACCAGUGGCAACAAAGCCAACGAUGCCGGCACCGAAAAUCGCAAAGGUCACAGGCGGCAGGAAUCGAUGUACCAGAUGACCGGCCUCUACUCGGAGACGAAUAGCGGCGACGACAGCAGUAUAGAUGCGGCCCUUGACCUGGAUAAUCAGCCCCAUGCCACAUCCCACCUGGCCGGUGAUCAUAUGCCGCCGGCAGGUGCGUCAGUGGGAUUGGGAGUGGGAGUUGGAGUUGGAGUGGACAGCGUGACAGUGAAAUGCCACAGUCGACAGGCGUCGGCGGGGGGCAAGUGUCCGGUGGAUCAGGAGGAGGACUUCGACGAGGAGCAGUUCCGAUCGGGCGAUUGCGGCAUCCUCAACUGUCGUCCGUACGGCAUCCAGCGUUUCGCUCGCAUCAAAAUCUUUGUCCUGCUGCUCUCGCUGCUGGUGAUGAUGCAGCAGGCCCUGUGCUCGGGCUACUUCAACUCGGUGAUCACCACGAUCGAGAAGCGCUUCGAGAUCCCCUCCAGCUACUCCGGCCUGAUAGCCUCCAGCUACGAGAUAGGCAACGUAAUCACCGUGAUCUUCGUCAGCUACCUGGGCAGCCGGCGGCACAUCCCCGUCUGGAUUGGAAUCGGAGCGGUGAUCAUGGGCAUCGGCUCGCUGGUGUUCAUGGUGCCGCACUUUACGGGCGAGCCGAAUCCUGGCAUUGCGAUUGUGAACAAAACCAGCGAUAACAUUUGCCGCAGUGCAUUGGUGAGGGAACAGGACAUGGACCUGGGUCGCCUAUCCAGCGGACUAUCCAACCAACCGCUGGCACCGCACACGCUGCGCGAGGACAACUGCCUGGAGGGCAAGGCCUCCACCACGGGACCCGUGCUGCUCUUCGUGCUCGCCCAGCUGCUCCUCGGCUGCGGUGGCAGUCCGCUCUUCACCCUGGGGACCACCUACGUGGACGAUCACGUGCGCACGGAGAGCUCGUCGAUGUAUAUCGGCUGCAUGUACAGCAUGGGCGCAUUUGGACCCGUCGUCGGCUUCCUGCUCGGCGCCUACCUGCUCUCCUUUCACAUGGACUCGCUCUCCUCCACCAUCAUAUCAAUAAGUCCCGGCGACAGACGUUGGGUGGGAAUGUGGUGGGGCGGUUUCCUGCUGUGCGGAGUCAUUCUGCUGGUGGUGGCCGUGCCCUUCUUCUCUUUCCCCAAGGUGCUGGCCCGCGAAAAGAAGAAGAUCCGGAAGAGCAGCGUGGUGCAGCCGGCAUUGCCAAACAACUCGGCGGCCACCGUGGCGACCGAUGAAAUGGGCAAGGUGAAGAAGCUCGAGAUUGUGGCCGUGACCAGCAAGGAGGACGAAUCGCAGCCGCCGCCCAAAGUGGACACUGGCUACGGCAAGGACAUCAAGGACAUACCGCAGUCGAUGCUGCGCCUCGUGAAGAACCCCGUUUACAUUGUGACCUGCCUGGGCGCCUGCAUGGAGCUGAUGAUCGUCUCCGGCUUCGUGGUCUUCCUGCCCAAGUACCUGGAGACGCAGUUCAGCCUGGGCAAGAGUCAGGCCAACAUCUUUACCGGUUCGAUCGCCGUGCCUGGGGCGUGCAUCGGCAUCUUCCUCGGCGGCUGCAUCCUGAAACGGUUCCAACUGAAGCCCAAGGGCGCCGUCCAAUUCGUCCUGAUCACCAACGUCAUCUGCCUGGCCUGCUAUGCGAUGCUGUUCUUCCUCGGCUGCGACAACCUCAAGAUGGCCGGCACCACAAUCCCCUACUACACCAGCAACAAACAGGGCUCCACGCUGGAGCAGCCCUUCCAGGUCAACCUGACGGCCGCCUGCAACUUUGGCUGCGAGUGCCUCACCAGCGAGGUGGAGCCGGUGUGUGGCAACAACGGGCUCACCUACUUCAGUCCCUGCCACGCUGGCUGCACGGCCUUCUCAUCCAGCUCCAACUACACCAACUGCGCAUGUGUUCACGCCAACAUCUCGAGCAGCAUUUAUCGGGGGGCUGGUGGCAGCCAGGCCCAGGCGCUUAGUGCCAACGAGAACUUCGCCGAGGUGACGGUGGUGCCGGUGGCCACCGCUGGACCAUGUGCCACGCCCUGUCGCACCAUCUACCCGUUCCUCAUACUGCUGUUCUUCAUGACCUUCUUGGUGGCCUCCACUCAGAUGCCGCUGCUCAUGAUCGUGCUGCGAUCGGUGUCCGAGGAGGAGCGCUCCUUUGCCCUGGGCAUGCAGUUUGUGAUCUUUCGACUCUUCGGUUACAUUCCGGCGCCCAUCCUCUUUGGUAAUCUCAUUGACUCCACCUGCUUGCUUUGGAAGUCGUCCUGCGGCGAGAAGGGAGGUCGCUGUCUCAUCUACGACAUUGAGAAGUUUCGAUACAAAUAUGUUGGUCUCUGUGCGUCUGUAAAGCUGGUUGCUUUGUUUAUCUUUAUGGUGGAUUGGUGGUUGGUGCGAAGGCGCAAGCAGCUGGAAAAAAUGAAGCCCCUUAACGCAAGCGAUCCCAUCAUCGGUUCCAUCAUAAGUCUAGACAAGCUAUUUGAAGAAAAGCUUUCUGGCGCCGAGCCGCCCACUGCAUUUGUUGGAGGCGGCGGAGAGCUGAUCAUACCCACAGAGAUACUUCGUCAUUCGCGCAACGAUUCGCGCACCAUGCAAAUGGACUACUGCUACGACAAGUGCGGUCAUGUGGUGACGCCGGCGAACACGUGCAACCAGCCACAGACCAAGUCAAAGAAGCACUUCCGAAGCGCCUCGUGUGAUGUGAAGAUGAUCAAGAGCUUUGCACGGGACCACAACUCGUCCACAACGGGGCCGGCGGACGCGGCUGGUCAGGAUGCAGGUGGUGCAAGCAGUAAAUACAAGAAUCUCAAGAAAUUCCAGGCGCACACACGCAACCACUCGACGGAUAUGCACGAUCCCAGUCAACCAAUCCGAUACAUUCAGAACCAGCUCCGGCCGCAGGACUGUGCCGAGGAGGAUGAUGACGACGAGCUGACCACCGGCUGUGGUCACUUUGUCAAAAAGCACUCGCGGAACCACAGCUACGAUCAGAUCUACAUGCCCAACAACAUACGCUUUGAUGCGGACUUCCUGCGUCAUCCCCAUGCACACCACAAUCCGAAGAAAAAUGUAAAUGUACUGAAGAACGUGGUGACUGAUAUGGGCAAGCUGAAGAACUCAAAUGAAAUGGAGGCCGGUGGAGCUGGAUCCCGUGGUCAUUCCCGCAACAACUCCAAGGACUUGAACACCAAAAUUCCCAGUGGAACACCAGUGAACAGUGGCUCUGGGCCGGGGGCAUCCGAAUCCAGCACAACGGGUCUGAGUGUGCUGCGGCAUCGUCGCACCAACUCCAAGGAUCUGAAUUACCAAGUGCUGCCCGAAACUGCUCCCGCUAGCUCCUUGGCAGGGCAUCCGCAUCCACAGCACACGCGGAACACGUCGCACCACAAGAUUCAGAUCGAUGACGAUCGCAACGAGCUCAUCAAUGACAUCGAUGACGAGGAGGAGGAGCGCUCCAAUUGUGCUUAGUCUGAUGCCAAGUAGUUUAAGCUAGGAUUAUUAUCGGUUUGUGGCAGCAGCAUUCCUGGCGGCAAACGCCUCUUCGUGUUAUCUGUGUGUGUUGCCCUACGUUUCCUCACGACUCAGUGACUCAACUCUCAGCUGCUCAUUGUACUUACGACCGAGUGUUCAAAUCUAUUUUCCCCCUAAAAAGGCACCUGAAAAUAGAAAACUUUUGAUAUAUGCAACAUUCAGCCAGAGUUCGAAUCCGAAUCCGAAACCGAUACGAAUACGAAUACUUGCAGCUAAUAGUGGUUACGUAACCAGGCGAUAGAAUAGAAAUCCUAGCAGGCAACUAGCAUAUUUUAGAAUAGGCGUAGAUCGUUGUGAUAGGAAUAUUUUGUAUUGUAUUUUUAGUGGAGCGUAGGAUCCGUGAAAAGUCGAUUAGGCGUUCAAACUGCAAACUCUAUAUGUUUCGCUUUACACCCACUAUGUGCAAUCUCGGUUUCGAAGUGAGACGAUUGACUGAGAAACAGAGAAAGAGACAGAGAAGGGAACGAGAAACGAAUAGCAAAUUACAAUGUUUUAAUAAUCCGAACAUGUAAACAAUUGUCAAUGGAAAUUGUGCUGUGAAACAAUGUGUGAGUAUAGAAAACAAAAAAAUUAACAAAGUCGUUGGAUAGGAAGGAAUAAAGUGGAAACACGCUGAAUGUAACUCUUAUGCAAUACAUUAUUUAGAGAAUCUUUGUGGACAAACACGCCCACACAUUGUGCAUCCAAUAGAAGGGUUCGAAUGAGGAAUAGAUCUAGACUUGUUUUACUACAAAAUCCUAAAUCCUAAAUCCUAAAUUCCCUGUUUUAAUCGUAGCGAGAAGUGCAAGCCUAACAUAGAUUUUAAAACCGAAUGAUGUACUUUAAAUGCGAUAAUGCCUUAAAAAUAUCAAUUAAUUAUACACGCAGAUAGAAUCAGUAUCUCAACUGAAAUGGAAAUCGAUUUCCUGCGCACUGUCCGAGUGCAAGACCCCAGUAGCCGUAAGUGAUGCAAUCUAGGUUAAUUAGUACCAACUAAUUCUAUGUUUACACCAGCCAGCCACAUACAGUAGGAACGGAGGCAGAGCGCUCGCCGAGCACUAAAUAGAUACAUCCAUAUAAAUAAAUAUAUGUAUACAA